AUGGCUGACAGACCCACAUCAGGAGACAGCUGGAAUUACUUAAAAGGUUCUCUACUGGAUGUUAAGGUUUACACAGCAAAUGAAAAAGAGUCUGAAGACCGGAAUCUGUGGCCCAGUGCCAUCAUCAGACCACUGGCUCGAAAAUGGACCCUGAUGCUGUUUAUGGGCACCUGCCUCCUCUACUGUGCCAGGAUGGCCAUGCCAAUCUGUGCAGUGUCAUUGGCAACCUCUUUUCACUGGAGUAAGAUCGAUUCUGGGCUGGUUCUGGGUGGAUUCUUCUGGGGUUACUGUUUCACACAGAUCCUUGGAGGACAUGCCAGUGACAGGAUGGGAGGAGAGCGCGUCCUGUUCAUCUCUGCAGUCUCGUGGGCUCUGAUCACAGCUGGUACUCCUCUUCUGGCCCACUUAGGCUCUCACACCCUCGCCUUCUUGACUAUGGCCAGAUUCCUUAUGGGACUGAUGCAGGGAGUUUUUUUUCCGUCUUUGGCCAGCCUUUGCUCACAGCGUGUAGUGGAAGGAGAGAGAGGGUUUUUAAUGAGCACCAUGAACAGCGGUUCACAUCUUGGAACACUGCUAGCGGGUGGGAUGGGUUCCCUGAUGCUGGACUCGUACGGCUGGGAGAGCAUGUUUUACACUAUUGGUUUCCUGUCCGGACUCUGGGCACUUAUUGUUUGGCUGUGUUUACUAAAAGGUUCAGAUUUCCCCCCUAAGCAGAUGGAAACAAGUAAAGACCCACAAUGGAGUUUGUCAGGAACACGCUGGCUGAGUCUUUUAAAGAAGCCACCUGUCUGGGCCAUGGUGUUUGCUCACAUGUGCUUGUCCAGCUCUUUCUACAGUUUGCUGUCAUGGUUGCCGACAUACUUCAAAGAAUCAUUUCCACACGCCACGGGAUGGGUGUAUAAUGUAAUUCCAUGGCUUGUUGCAAUUGUAUCAGCACUUGUUGGAGGAUAUAUCUCAGAUUUUCUCAUCAACCAAGGAUAUAGUGUAGCGUUAGUGAGAAAGAUAAUGCAGUUCUUUGCCAUGGGUGUAUCGAGUAUAUUUAUUGUGCUUCUGUCUGGAGCUGUCACAUUUCCCACUGCUGUGAUUUGCGUCUCUGCUGCUGUUGGUCUAUCCACCUUCGGCAGCAGUGGUGUGUCAGUGAAUGUACAGGAUCUCACCCCAUCAUGUGCUGGUGCCAUCUUUGGACUGGUGUCGGUCUCUGUAUCAGGUUACCUGAUUGAGGUCACGCUGUCGUGGGCCGCCAUGUUCUCCCUCAUCACUUUAAUAAACGUCACAGGCCUGGGGAUUUUCCUCAUCUUUGGAGAUGCUCGUCGUGUUGACCUGGAAGAUUACAGCCAGGUUAUUGUGAUUUGA